AUGUUCUUAAUAACUGAUAAUUGUCUUUAUCCAAUCCAGUAUGGUGUCUUAAAAGAAAUUGAAGGCAUAUCAUCUGAGACAAUAUUGCUAUUAUGGAGUAUGAAAGAAAAGUACAACAGUGAUUCAAAAUUCAAAAUUUAUUUUGACACACUCCCUGAAAAAUUUAAUACAGGUUUGAGUUUCAGCUUUGAAGCAAUUACAAUGUUAGAUGGAACGUUGCUGUUGGAAGAGAUAAUGCACGCAAGACAGCACCUGCAUGCUCAAUAUGAUGAGUUGUUCCCUGCUCUGUCCAGUACUUUUCCUGAUAUAUUUCCACCAGAGCUGUACACAUGGAAGAAAUUUUUAUGGGCUUGUGAACUUUGGUACUCUAAUAGCAUGAAGAUAAUGUAUUCCGAUGGAAAGCUAAAAACAUGCUUAAUCCCUAUAGCUGGCUUUCUUAAUCAUUCAGUAUACAUUGACGGUACCGACGUUGAUUCUAAUGAUAUACCCAGUUCCAACUGGACGAGUCACAUGGUGCGCGGUACCUGGCUCUCCAAGGAUCACAGGAUAUUCUACUAUGGUCUUCCCUCUCCAUUAUUGGACCAUCUUAGGAGAUCUCAGAGUCCCAUGCUGCGGACGAAGACCUUUUUGCAAGAAAGCUUGGAAAAUGAGCUGGAAGUUCUUGAAAAUCUCAAAGAUAUUUUUGAUGACAUGGUGGAAAAUAUGGGCGAGAACGAUCUUGAUGACAGAGAAAACUGCAGUCAGGAUGAAAAAUUGGCUAUGGAUUUUAAAAAUACACAGAGACGAAUUGCGUGUUCUGUUUCAACUUCAUGUGACGUUGGGAUGGACAUGUUGAAGAACGAACUACGCAAGUGCAUGGCUGAGGACAUCCUAGGCUAA